AUGCCGCGUGACUACUCCCGAUCGGCAUCCCCCGUGUCCCAUCACACCAAGGACAGAAACUAUCGCGAUCGCACCGACAGCCGUCCCAAGCGCAAAGACCGCGAUGGCUCCGACGACGCCGCCCCCGCCCGCAAGAAGAUCCAACAACAGAUGCCCCGCAAAGAAACCAACUAUCCGUCGGUGAACGAGCUGAAGAAACGCAUCCGGGAUGUCAAGCGGCUGUUGAACAAGGUCGAUCUGCCCGCCGAUGCUCGCAUCGUGCAGGAACGAGCGUUGGCCGGGUACGAGCAGGAUCUGGAGGAUGAGAACAACCGUCGGGAUCGGUCGAAGAUGAUUAAGAAGUAUCAUUUUGUUCGGUUUUUGGACCGAAAAACGGCCACCAAAGACGUCAACCGACUUCUGCGACGCGAGAAAGCAAUCUCCGAAUCAUCCGACCCAGCCGCCUCAUCCAAAAAGAAAAAACUAGAACAGAAGAUCCACAUCGCUCGCGUCAACCUCAAUUAUACCAUCUACUACCCUCUCACGGAGAAAUACAUCGCGCUGUACGCGAAGGUCAAGAAGGAGAAAGAAUCCUCAUCGAAAGACGACGCCGCGGAGGAUUCAGCAGACGACGCUGGGUUCAAGGCCAUUCAUGCUACGGUGGCGGAUAAGCCGGCGUUAUGGCAUACGGUCGAGAAGUGCAUGAAGGACGGGACGCUGGAUCUUCUGCGGGAUGGGAAGCUAGCGUCGUCCUCGUCGAGGGAGGAGGGAAGCGGACAGCAGCAGAAGAGUUCGAGUUCGGGUCGGCAAUCGGAGAAGAGCAAGAGCAAUGCCGCCAAGUCGAAUAAUAAAAAGACGGACUCGAAGAAAGACAAGACGACGAAGACAUCGAGUCGUGGUGUUGCUGCGAAUAAGAAGAAUGAGCGCUCUUCGUCCAAGGCGGUCGUUCAUGAGAACAAUGAUGAUGACGACGCGAGUGAUGGAGGGUUCUUUGAGAUGUGA